AUGAUUGAGACCCUUAUCAGUAUAGCGUUUUGCCUGUCCAGCGCUCUCACUGUGUUGAUCCUGCUGCUCCCCUCGCAAUAUGAGCUAAAACAAACAGGACCUUCUUCAAAGCCAAGUGAUACAAAGAGACGCAAGACAAGUGUCCAGAUCCUUGUGCUUGGUGAUAUUGACCGAAGCCCUCGCAUGCAGUAUCAUGCAUUGAGCAUUGCAAAACAUGGCGGGGAGGUGGUGAUCAUUGGGUAUAAUGAAUCCGAUCCUCAUCCCGAUAUCACCUCCCACCCCAAUAUUUCGAUUGUCCCACUUCGUCCACAUCCCACUCUCCUGCAAACUGAUAACAAGCUCUUGUUUACAAUUUAUGGGCCCUUGAAGGUGCUGUUUCAGAUUGCUUGCCUCUGGAAAUGCCUUGCAUAUACCACAAAACCGUCCCGUUGGCUUUUGGUUCAGAACCCACCCUCCAUUCCUACACUGGCUAUUGCCUCAAUUGUCUGUUUCUUGCGCCAAACUAAGCUUAUCAUUGACUGGCAUAAUUUUGGAUUUUCCAUCCUCGCCUUAAAACUUGGCCAAAGCCAUCCUCUGGUGAAAUUAUCGAUAUGGUAUGAGAAGAAAUUUUGCAAAUCCGCUUCGGCUCAUUUGUGCGUUACCAAUGCUAUGAAAUCCGUGCUCAAGGGGGGUUUUAAUCUUCAAGCCCCCGUCUUGCCGCUCCAUGAUCGUCCUGCUAGCCACUUCAGCCCUAUCCUCGACCACGAUGCACGUACGGACUUUCUCAUGUCUCUGCCAGAAACCAAGGAAGGGUACUCCUCUUUGAAAGAAGGGUCUCUGCGGGUUCUGGUCAGCUCAACCUCAUGGACAGCGGAUGAGGAUUUCUCAGUCCUCAUUGACGCGCUUCUUCGGUAUUCCGAAAUGGCGACUACUACGAAACCUCACUUGCCCAGAAUUUUGGCCAUAAUCACCGGGAAGGGUCCACAAAAAGCAAUGUAUCUGGAACAAAUUGCUGCCCUUGAAAAGUCCGGCAAGCUACAGAAGGUCACAAUCCGAACUGCGUGGCUCAGUGUACCUAACUAUGCUCGACUGCUGGCAUCUGCAUCUUUAGGGGUCAGUCUACAUACCAGUAGCAGCGGGGUAGAUCUCCCCAUGAAAGUUGUAGAUAUGUUCGGUGCAGGUCUUCCGGUUGUGGGAUGGGAUCGUUUCGAAGCAUGGCCUGAGUUGGUGACUGAGGGCGUCAAUGGAUUAGGGUUUGGAAGCCCAGAGGAGUUGGCUGAUCACUUAGUCGAACUAUUUGGGGACAAUGGCAGAUUAGAGAUUCUUCGUCUAGGGGCUCAGAAAGAAAGUUCUCGGCGAUGGGAUGAUGAAUGGAAUCCUAUUAUGGGUUCCCUGCUUGGGUUGACAUAG